AUGGAAGAAGCCAGUCUGUGCCUUGGCGUCACCCCGGCAGCGCCGGACACCGAACCCCAUCUGAACAGUCCAGUCCUCAACGGCCAGUAUGCCAUGACUCAAAAACUGCACCACAUCACCUCGCAGCUCAGCCAUGCCUUCUCCGACCUGCACCCGCGGCCCACCCCGGAGGAGAAGGCCGCCGCGGGGCCCUUGGAUGAGAAGGGCCACCUGCCCCUGAGCGCGCAGCCUAUGGGUAACCAGAUGGCCCUGCUGGCCAACCAGCUGGGCCGCGAGGUGGACAGCGGCCUCAACGGGAGGGUGGACCUGCAGCAGUUCCUCAACGGGCAGAACCUGGGCAUCAUGUCCCAGAUGAGCGACAUCGAAGACGACGCCCGCAAGAACCGCAAGUACCCCUGCCCGCUGUGCGGCAAGCGCUUCCGCUUCAACAGCAUCCUGUCGCUGCACAUGCGCACGCACACCGGCGAGAAGCCCUUCAAGUGCCCCUACUGCGACCACCGGGCCGCCCAGAAGGGGAACCUCAAGAUCCACCUGCGGACCCACAAGCUGGGCAACCUGGGCAAGGGCCGGGGGCGCGUGCGGGAGGAGAACCGCCUGUUGCACGAGCUGGAGGAGCGGGCCAUCCUGCGGGACAAGCAGCUCAAGGGCGGCCUGGCCCAGCCCCGCCCGGAUCUGAAGCCCCAGCCACACGCUCCACCCCCGGCCCCGGCCGCCUGCGGCCUGGCUCCGCCGGGCAACCCCAGCCUGCCCCCAGACGUGGCUGCGCACCCGGCGGCGCCCUCGCCCAAGCCCUCCUGCGCCUCCGCCGCCGCCGGCUCGGGCUUGCAGGACGACGCGGCGGCGCCGGCCGCCGGCUUCCGCUGCACCUUCUGCAAGGGCAAGUUCAAGAAGCGCGAGGAGCUGGAGCGGCACAUCCGCAUCCUGCACAAGCCCUACAAGUGCACGCUGUGCGACUUCGCCGCCUCGCAGGAGGAGGAGCUCAUCGGCCACGUGGAGAAGGCGCACAUCACCGCCGAGUCGGCGCAGGGCCCCGGCGCGCACGGCGCGGGCGAGCCCGCGGCGCACGAGUUCCGCUGCGAGGUGUGCGGCCAGGUGUUCAGCCAGGCCUGGUUCCUCAAGGGCCACAUGCGCAAGCACAAGGACUCCUUCGAGCACUGCUGCCAGAUCUGCGGCCGGCGCUUCAAGGAGCCCUGGUUCCUCAAAAACCACAUGAAGGUCCACCUCAACAAGCUCUCCGUCAAGAACAAGGCGGCCGGAGACCCCGACGCGCCGCCGGGGCCCCUGGGCGCCGGGGUGACCGCGGAGACGCACGCCACCCUGUACUCCCGCUACAUGUCCUGUCUGCAGGGCGGUGGCUUCGUGGGCCCAGACAAGGCCAGCCUGGGCGGCGGCGGCGAGCCCGGCCAGUUCUACGCCAAGGCCGAGCACGCCUUGAAGGACAAGGACGUGCUGGGCAAGCUCCUGUCCCCCCUGUCCAGCGUGGCGCACGCCGCGGGCGCGGGGGUCCCCGGCGACGGGGACAAACACUCCCUCCUGGGCUGUCUGAACCUCGUGCCGCCCCUGAAAUCCAGCUGCAUCGAGAGGCUGCAGGCGGCCGCCAAAGCCGCCGAGAUGGACCCGGUGCACAGCUACCAGGCCUGGCAGCUGAUGGCCCGAGGCAUGGCCGCUGAGCACGGCUUCCUGUCCAAGGAGCAUCCGCUGUCCAGGAACCACCACGAGGACGCCCUGGCCGGCGCCGGCCUGGUGUUCGACAAGGAGAAGCGAGAGUAUGUGUUACUAGGAGCCGAUGGCUCCAAGCAGAAGCUGCCCGCUGACUUGGUCCACGGCGCUAAAGCGGGCAAUCAGAGAGACCCACCAAACAAACCCGACCCUCUAGACGGCAGCCGGGACUUCCUGACGCACGGGCUGAACCAGACCCUCGAUUACAACAACCUCCAGGGGCCUGGGAACAUGAAGGAGAAGCCCACGGAAUGCCCGGACUGCGGACGAGUGUUCCGCACUUACCACCAGGUGGUCGUCCACUCCCGAGUCCACAAGCGAGACCGCAAGGGCGAAGACGACCCUCUGCACGGGGGCCUGGACGAACGUCGGGGCUCCGGGAGCGAUCAGGAGUCACAGUCGGUCAGUCGGUCCACCACGCCCGGCUCCUCCAACGUCACCGAGGAGAGUGGGGUCGGAGGAGGCCUCUCCCAGACGGGCAGUGCCCAGGAAGACAGCCCGCACCCCUCCUCGCCCUCAUCUUCUGAUAUUGGGGAGGAGGCUGGGAGACCCAGUGGCGUCCAGCAGCCAGCCUUGCUUCGAGACAGGAGCCUGGGCUCAGCCAUGAAGGAUUGCCCCUACUGUGGGAAGACGUUCCGGACCUCUCAUCACCUGAAAGUUCACCUGAGGAUACACACAGGUGAGAAACCAUAUAAAUGUCCACAUUGUGAUUACGCUGGUACCCAGUCAGCAUCCUUAAAAUACCACUUAGAACGACAUCAUCGCGAGAGACAGAACGGAGCCGGACCACUCCCAGGACAGGCGCCCAGUCAAGACCCCCGGGAUGAGAUGUCCAACAAAGCAUCUUUGUUUAUCAGGCCAGACAUCCUAAGGGGCACCUUCAAGGGGCUCCCCGGAAUUGACUUCAGAGGGGGACCUGCCUCUCAGCAGUGGACCUCAGGGAUGCUGUCCUCCGGAGAUUCCUUGGGGCCGGCUGCCAGUAUGUCUUCAGAGACCCCUUCAGACACCCUGAAAGGUACUGACCUCCCUUCCAAAAGUACCCAUUUCUCCGAGAUCGGAAGAGCUUAUCAGAGCAUCUUGAGCAACGGCGUGAACUUCCAAGGGUCCCUGCAAGCGUUCAUGGAUAGCUUUGUCCUCAGCAGCUUGAAGAAGAAAGACGGGAAAGACAAAGCCUUGUCAGACAUCCCUUCUUCUAUGAAAGUGCACACGGUGGAAGGUGGUGAGGAGAAAGGCAGCGGGAAGCCUUCCCAGAAGAAAUCUGAGAAAUCUCAGUAUGAGCCUCUGGACUUAUCCGUGCGGCCAGAUGCUGCCUCUCUCCCAGGCUCAUCUGUAACGGUUCAAGACAGCAUAGCCUGGCACGGCUGCUUGUUUUGUGCCUUUACUACUUCAUCCAUGGAGCUCAUGGCUCUGCACCUUCAGGCUAACCACCUGGGCAAAGCAAAACGCAAAGAACCCGCCACGGGGGCAGCAGGCAACUGCAAAGAACAGACCCGAGAAGCCAGCAAGAUGGCUACAGUACAAUCCAACAAAGAGAUGAGUCUUUCUAGCACGGUGGGCUGUCUAGAAGCAACUUCUGAGAAGUUGAGUCACGGACAGGCCAAAGAGACCCUGGGGGAUCCCAAGAGUGCUCCGUGGCCUAGCCACGUGGACCCUGCGUUUACUAACUUCCCAUCAGACUUCUAUAAACAAUUUGGCAUGUACCCCAGCAUGGUGGGCUCGGGGGUCACCGGUUCCUGCUCUAAUAAGAAUCCUGAUGGGAAGUCUCACCCCGAAGAUGAUACCCCAAUUUUGAUCCCCGAAGCCACGAAUAAAACCACUAUGGAUGACCUCUCAGACAUCACCUCCUCUGAGGAUAUGGACUCUUUCAAAGAAGAGGAGAUUGAAACUGAGCCGGAAAUCAUAAAUAAGUCCCUGCCUGCCCUAGGCAAGGACAGCGGCAGUGACAGUGGGGACAGCCUGAUGCCCUCCGGUGUCCCUCAGCCCAUCCAGGGCCUGGGCUCACCGUUAGCCCCAACGUCAGAGAAGCAGUGGCUCAGCCAGGGUGCUCUUCAGACAAGCCAGGACGCCACCGCAGGACUGGCAAAGCCGGAGAAGCCCGUGAACAUGCUCUCAGUCCUCAGGACCUUCAGUUCUGAUGGCUUAGCCACCUUUAAUGGGCUGGCGGGCAACACAGCAAAUUCUGGAUAUAUCAAGAGGCCAGACUUGUGUGGUAAGUUUUAG